AUGGAAGAGAAUGAUGAUUCGUCAGAUACCAUGACUUUUGUCAAUCCAACUCAGGAAGAGGAAAACGAGGAAAUGAUUUCGACAUCUGGAAAAUACUUUGUGUUGAAGCAUACAUUCAACAACGUUUCUAGCUUCGAAAAUGAAAAAUGUUAUUCCAAUGAAAAGGAAGAACAUUUUGGUGUUCCAUGGAAAAUCAGUGUGGAACGGUGUGAUGGAUUUCUCACAUUAUAUCUCUGUAACGAAUUAUAUAAAAAAUCUGAGAAAAAAUGGGAAAUUGAAGUUGAAAAAGAAAUGAAAAUAGUGUACCCUAGCUCCAGAGGAAAGAAAGAAAAAAGAGGAGGGAAUAGUUGUUUUGUUUUCAAAAAUGACGAUGAUUUCGAUGGAUGGGGAGAUUCAGAAUUUAUGGAAUGGAACGAACUGGAGAAGGAUUUCGUUGUUGAUGACUGUUUCUGUGUUGAAAUUGCUGUAAAAGUGAGAAAGAUGACAGGCGUUUACACAGAGAAUCUGAGGAGUUUUGAUGAAACAAUGGAAGAACUUUCGGAUGUCGUUCUAAUCGUUGAUGAUGAAAAGUUUUAUGUUUCCAAAUUGUACCUCGCCACGCAUUCUCCAUAUUUCAAGACUUUGUUUUUGGGAAACUUCAACGAAUCAAAGAAAACUGAGAUCAAACUGUCUGGAAUCGAUGCGGAUGAUUUUCAGAACUAUCUUGAAGUUCUUUAUGGAGAAAAUGCGAUCAAUAAAUUCACUGUCGAAGGAAUCCUCAUGGUGGCUGACAUGUACGAUACCCGUCUGGUAAUUCAAAAAUGCGAGAACUAUUUAAAGAAGACAUUGAAAAAGAAUCUGAAGAUAAAAUUGCAACUGUCAACUCAAUACAACUUGUCCUCGCUCAAAAAACAAUGUCUCGAGGAGAUCAAGUCAGUAGCUGAUAUUCAAUCACUUAUUCCCGGAGAUAUUCACGAUUUGGACCCAUCGGUUAUGGCGGAGUUAUUUCAAAAAUCACUUUCCCUUCAUAAUACUAAUGAAAUAUGA